ACAUUUGCCACGAUCAAGAGUAUUCGAGAAAAACUCGCGCGCCAAUGCAGGCAGGAGCAUGCGGGCACGUUUUCCUCUGAUGAGGAAGACGAUGUCAGUCCAUUUUUCAACUAUGUCGUGCCUAUAAACUCCUUGCCGCCAGUCACACUAGUAGCGGCGGUAUGCCUGAAUGAUCAGAUCGAAGAUGAGUCGAUGAACCUUAUCCGAAGCCCGCAGCUGCCCGAAAGAUCCCACAGUCAUCCUGCUGGGCGUUGCUGCUACGUUGAGUUGGAUGAUGAGGAUGAAUACCUUAUCACCACCACGACUUCUUCUUCGCUUUUGGGAGCAGGAGAAAUCGCCAGUAGCCCUAAUCAGCCGAGCCGGAGAAUCAUUCUUGGGGCUCCCUUAUAUUUUCGCGACGACAUCCUACCCUUCUACAGGUUUCUCGUCUUUACGGAUGAAGGCAAGCGAUUAUAUCCCGUUUCUGUUGCUCAUUUGCAAGACCAGUGCGCCUCAUCUUUAAAGCUCGCAAGUAGCGAACGCGCUUCUUCUUGUGCUGGUUUAAUGGCAUCGUCAUCGUGUCGGCAACUAGGGAGCUUCGAAGGUGGAGCUAGCAUCGUCCGUCAUCUUACAGUAGUUGCGGAAACCUAUCGCCUCCUAACAGAUAUUCCACAGCUUUUGAAGACCAAAGAGGCACACCAUUGCGAGGCAUAUGCAGACAAGUUGUGCGCAUUUCGGUGGAAUGAGGUUGUGAGUAGUUGCAGACUGAUUCUUCCAUUUCUGGCGAAGAAAUUCGAUGCAUACAGUCAGCAUACGAUGAUAGAGGCUUCGAAAAGGCCAUCACCCUCGCGGAUGCACAAGCUUGGGCACUGCGAUGUGCAUGCAAUCAUUCAACGCUGUGUGGACGCGAAGACUGGAGUGGUGUCGCCGUUCAAUGCGCAUAAAUUCGAUGAGCAUGCUGCCUUGUCUUUUUAUAUUUGCUGCAACGUGAGGCGAUUUACGCUGCACCAGGGCCAGGUAGUCACAAUGCUGAAAAAGAAGAAACACGAAACCAAUAUAACAAGGAGAACCAAACCGUUCAUGAGUUCUGCAGCACUAUGCAAAGGGCCGAUUGACUACUUUCGCCGUCUUUUGGGAGCCAUGUGGGCUUGCCACACCUUCACUUCCACGGGGAGCAACAAGGUUCCUGAAAAGGCAGCCCAAGG